AUGGCGAUGGCGACGGUGCGGCGCCGUGCGGUGUGGGCCCUGGCGGUGCUUGCGGUGCUGUGCGGCUGCUGCUUCUCCGUGUGCGGGGCGACGCCGCCCAAAAUGAAUGUGAAGGUGGAGGUGUCGUGCCCGAAGGAGGGAGAAAAAAUAAGUUUGCGUUUUUCUGGUGAUGAGAAUUCUGAAUGGAAGGAGUGCUCGAAGGCGGUGAAUUAUUAUCGGUUUCGUACGGCCAAGACUGCCGCUGAAAGCAGCAAUGACGGAGACCCCAUUUGUUCCCUUGCUGAAUCAUGGUGCAUAUCCGCCUUGAAGGAGCAGCAGCAUCUUCGACCCUCAGCGGCGGAGGGCAGUAAUGUUGUUGUGCUCACGAUGAACUGUACGGUGGAUGAUGGCAGUGCACUGCGCAAGCUGUCGAACGGCCAAAUCAUCACCCUUGACGGAACUGAUGGAAAACUACUUGGCCGUUCAGGCGUGUGUAAUUUACAAGAUUCCCCUAAAAUCGCAGAUGCAGCGACGCUUAAACGCCAAACUGUGGGAGGCCAAUCAUUCUCACCACAACCACCAGCAGCACCAGAAGUGUCAUCUUCGGUGGCAACUCAGCAGGACGGCACUUCGGCAAGCGGCAGUGAGGUUACUGAAGCCCCUGCUGCUGAGCAAUCAGUCGGCACGGACUCCACAGGGCCUCAUGGAACAUUAUCACCACCGAAUGGCGCUGCGGGUCCAUCAAAAGCCACAGGAGACAGCGGGGCAGAUGGACACGGUGGGACGCAAGCACCCUCAACCUCUGCAGAGCCAUCCGGCACGUCCGCUUCCAACACUCCCGCAGGCAGCGAUGGUGAAAGCGCCACUACAGCCACGACCAGCAGCAGCCCCAGUGGUGGGAAACACACAGAAGGCAACGCGGACGGCAGCGGCACGCCCACUGUGUGGGUGCGUGGCACGCUGCUGCUGCUGCUGACGGCCGCCCUUGCCUGUGCUGCUGGGGAGUGA